AAGUCGUGAUGCGACAAAAAUAUCCUUCUCCUAGACCCCCCGAUCCUCUGAUUGGAUUUGACCAACGACAAAUGGACCAUUCGUUGCGGUGUCUGUUGACUGGCUGCCUCUAGAAGGAGGGGAGACCGAAAUUCUUCAUUGGUUACAACCAAAUCUAGAGCCAGCCAUGUCAGAAUCAAACACACCGUUCAAAUAUCUCUCGAGUACAGCUCUCGCCGUUUCCCCAUAUGCCAAGACAAGCGAUGCUCUUUAUCCUGGGUCUCGAUCUUCGUUCAGCGACAACGACAGCCCCAACAUGGCAGAGCGCGAGCGUACACUCAUGCACAAUUCAUCCAACCUCCAACCUUCUCGGUUCCAGUAUCCUUCGAGCCAGGCAAUUUCCCGGCAAUAGCAGAUCUUGCGCCGCUGUUCUUCCUGCCAGUAUUGGAUUAGCAGUCGGAUCGUUAUAUGAUUCUGGCUUCGGACGUCCAUUGAUGGAUAUAGGUAGUUGUCGCGUCGAACUCAUUUACAUCCGGAAGACAAAGGCAUCACGAAUUCAGGAAUCGAGAUCCUUGGACCAUUAGAACGGAAAAUGACAUACUCCGUCUAGUGUACUUAAACCGAACGAGAGGGGUGAUCCCGUAGCACGACUCUGGG